AGGCCAACUAGAGAUCACUAGUGAUUGUCGCUCUGAUUCUGUGUAGUUCUCUGUGGUUCGCUCCAGUACGCUCCACUUGCAAUCAUGUCGCGAGGCAGUAGCGCUGGUUUUGACAGGCAUAUUACUAUCUUUUCGCCCGAAGGACGGCUUUAUCAAGUCGAAUAUGCAUUUAAGGCUAUCAAUCAAGGAGGUCUUACGUCUGUUGCACUUAAGGGCGUCGACACCGCCGUUUUUGCCACACAGAAAAAAGUGCCUGAUAAACUUUUGGAUGCUACUAGUAUGACCCAUGUUUUUCAACUAACUGAGCACAUUGGAUGUGUCAUGACAGGAAUGAUUGCUGAUAGCAAAUCACAAGUUCAGCGUGCACGUUAUGAAGCUGCAAAUUUUCAGUACAAACAUGGCUAUGAAAUACCUGUUGAUACAUUAUGUAGACGUAUUGCUGAUAUUAGUCAAGUUUACACGCAAAAUGCAGAUAUGAGGCCACUUGGUUGUUCUAUGAUGCUCAUUGCAUAUGAUAAAGAAAAUGGUCCUUGUGUUUACAAGACUGAUCCAGCAGGUUAUUACUGUGGCUACAGAGCUGUUUCUGUUGGUGCUAAGCAAACCGAAGCCAAUUCAUAUCUUGAGAAGAAACUUAAGAAGAAGCAGAACUAUGAACAUGAUGAAGCUAUACAGUUAGCUAUUACAUGUUUGUCAACUGUAUUGUCUGUGGAUUUCAAACCUUCAGAAAUUGAAGUUGGGGUGGUUACCAAGGAUAAUCCUAAAUUUCGAGUUCUUAAUGAACAAGAAAUUGACAAACACCUAACUGCCAUUGCUGAGAAGGAUUGAUUCUAUUAAUUGUAAGGCACAUAAUAAACAAAUAAAAUGUCAUGUUUCAAUCAUUUCUUACAAUUUAUUAAUCAUAUAUUGCAUAUACAACGGGUAGAUUGUAAUGGAAUUAUAAUAAAUGUCGUGACUUAUUUUAAUGAA